AUGGCUUCCUUUACAAGGCUCCUACACCCGCAGGGCCGCGGGGCCAACGUUUUGCUGUGGCCUCAGGACAAGCUUCGUACGACUCGCAGGUGCGUUCUGACUUUGACUGGACAGAUGUGGCGAAAGCUGAUCGAAACCUGGGAGCGGUUCCCCUGGAAACUAACGGAGUUUCUCCAAGGUUCCGAGGCUGAGCGUCUGGAGUCAGCCGAGAAACUUCUAGCGAUGAAGCCAUGCUGCCUCGACGGUUUCACCGCCAAGCUGCUCAACGUUUGUUCAAGCAAAGAGAGCCUAGCCGAUGACGAAACCCUUGACUUUCUUCGAGCGGUCUUCGAUCGAGUUGUGCCCACAUCUACUUACGUUGAACGGAUGUUCGCGAGAUUUGGGAAAUGGGUUGACACCAAGGGUCACAAGUUGCAUAUGUCGCAACUUGUGGCGAAGCAUUUCACAAACACGUUUAGCAGCCUGGCUUCGGACUUGGCGGACAAGACCGAAUACGUCUGUGUCGCUUACAACACACGGAAGCCGCCAAUCGAUGCAGCACUGUUGAGGCUCCGGAAGGUUCCCGUGGAAGAGGAAGCCGUCCCGGAAGGAAUUCGGUUUCGGUUGCGUGUUUUUGCCGAAGGGGACACCAUGGACUUUUGGUCCUUGCGCGACUUCUGCCAGGAUUUGGCGAUGCAGGCAGCCGACUGGAAGUGCUUUUGGUUGGCCGUUGGCCCGGUUCAUCUUUUGACCGCGUUUGACAUCACUGCUGCUGAGUACAUUGAGCCAGAGGAAGCAGAAUCGGCACAUCUCUGUCGCGUCCAACGCAAACAAGCACUGGAUGCACUGUCGUUGUUGGAUCCAAAGCCCAAGCCCGACUCCAGUGCCAGACAUCCAGGCCCAAAGAGGAGCAAGGGAAAGAACAAGAAAUCUCAGUCGAAGAACACGGAAGCAGCUGAAACAAAGCAGAAGAGCCAAGUGCAAGACAAGGCUUGGGUCCAGCACGAAGAAGCCGAAGAAAAUUGGUGUGCCAGCGAUUCGUCAGGGUCGCUGCCAUUUUGGGUGGAAGAUGCCGAAAGCAACGACGAGGAAGACCCAGAGGCCUUCAUACCAGACAUGGCCGCGUCUUCAAGCAGUUCUGCUCGGGGCCGGAGGGCCAUCGACACUGUUGCACCAGCGGCUGGGGAGGUUGGUGCGAGACUGGUCGAGCCACGUGCUGGAGACGAUGUGCAACGGACACAUCACCGACGUGGCAAAGUGUGGGGCCGCAGGCCAGCGUUUCAGCUUGCUCCGAUCUACAGGCAAGGCGUGCUUUGUGCCUACGGGGCCAUCUGCCGCAGGCAUGAUGACCCAGGAAACCGCGGCAUUAUGCCGUGCAGGAAAGAGAUAGCUCUGGGUGAGUUUUCUGAAGAGGAGUGCUACCUCCGCUUAAAGCGCUGGUUGGUCGCGGGACUCAACGACAGCACCUGGCCGGAAGAGAAACGCGCGUACCAUGUGUCGAUGGGGGGUUUGCGCCUCCGGGACUUCCAGGAUGGCCUGACUUCCUCGCAGCUGGAU